AUGGGUAAGGCCGUGUUGAAAGUUAAAGAUGAUGCACUACCAACAUUUUUUAGGCCUAGACCUUUGCCAUUGGGGCUUAAGGACAAGGUGGAGGCGAGUUUAGAAAGUUUGGUUAAAUUAAAAAUUUUACAGCCAGUCGAAUAUAGCGUUUGUGGGACGCCGAUUGUUAAAAUUAUGAAAAAAGAUGUUAGUAUUAGGAUUUGCGGGGAUUUUAAAGUAACUUUAAACCUAUACUUAAUGAUAGAGAAAUAUCCUUUGCCUCGCAUUGAGGAAAUUUUUGCAAAAUUGUAUGGUGGCGAAGAAUUUACAAAACUGGAUUUAAGUAUGGCGUACCAACAAAUAGAGUUAGAUGAAGAAUCACGCAAAUUUACUACUAUAUCUACUUCGAAAGGGUUAUUUCAAUAUACUAGGCUUAUAUAUGGUUUAGCUUCAGCGCCGGCGAUUUUUCAGCGAAUAAUGGAUUCACUCUUAGCAGGUUUGGAGGGCGUGGUGGUAUUUUUAAACGAUAUUUUAAUAAGUGCUCCGAAUCGAAAGUUACAUUGCGAACGUCUGGAACGGGUUCUAACUGUUUUCAGGGAUGCCGGGUUUAAAUUAUCGCCAGAAAAAUGUGAAUUUUUCCGUAAAGAGAUAAAAUAUUUAGGCCAUGUAAUUGACAAAAAUGGGUUGCGUAUGAAUCCCGAAAAAGUUCGCAAUAUUACUGAAAUUCCAUAUUCGAACAAUGUAAAAGACUUUCAGGCUUUUUUAGGGGUCGUUAACUUCUAUAGAAGAUUCUUGCCGAGCGUAUCCACAAUGUUAAAUCCAUUACAUCAGGCCGAUACUGAAUUUAAAUGGACGCGAGAUUGUUAUGAGGCCGUUGAUAAGAUAAAAGAGUGUUUGUUGGCUGGGAAUUGUUUAGCGCAUUUUAAUGCUAAUUUUAAAACUAAAGUGACGGUAGAUGCCAGCCCUGUAGGGGUAGGCGCUGUGUUGUCACAGAUUAAUGACAAAGGCGAAGAUAGAACAAAUGAGUUUGCUUCGAGAACGUUGACACCGACUGAAAAGCGAUAUUCACAAUUAGACCGUGAAGCCGUGUCAAUUUUGUUUGGAGUAAAAAAGUUUCACCAGUAUUUGUACGGUCGUCCGUUUACGUUAGUUACGGAUAAUAAGCCUUUGCAUCACAUUUUUAAUCCAAAGAAAGGAAUACCGGUGAUGGCAUCAAAUAGAUUGCAGCGUAUAGCGUUAACUCUGACAGGUUAUCAAUUUGAUAUUGCUUAUAUUAAAUCAAAAUGUAAUAUUGCUGACUAUUUUUCAAGAUACCCUAUGGAAGAUGACAUGAAAAUUGACGAUUCGCCAACGGAUAUUUUGGUUAAUUAUGUUCAAGGGAUUCAGAGUGAUAGAGGAUUUUUGAAUUUUGAAAAAAUUGUUUUAGAAACAAAGAAAGAUGGCAUAUUGCAGAAAGUUUGUAGUUUUGUUGUGGCGUGCUGGCCGCCUAAAUGUUCGGAUCCCGAUUUGCAUCCCUAUUUCUUAAAAAGGCAUGAGUUGUCUAUGGAAUCAAGUUGUUUGUUUUGGGGCUAUAGGGUGAUUAUACCAAAACAAUUAAGAGCGGAGGUGGUUGCAUUUUUGCAUGCUUCACACAUGGGCAUAGUGAAAAUGAAAUCUAUGGCUUGUGAAUGUUGCUGGUGGCCAAAUCAGGGCAAAGAUCUAGAAGAGAUAGUUAAAGCGUGCGACCCCUGUUUAAUGACUCGUCCCAGCCCUCCACAGCAGGAGUUAAUCCCUUGGCCUAGGUCAGAGGAAGUUUGGUCCAGAAUACACAUAGAUUUCUUUGGACCGUUUUUAAAGCGUUGGUGCUUAGUUGUAGUGGAUAAUACCAGUAAAUGGGUGGAGUGCAUUGAUAUGGGCAGUAAUACGACAAGUCGUGCAGUGAUUUCUGUUCUAAGGGAACUGUUUGCUCGUUUUGGUUUACCAAAAUGUGUUGUUUCGGAUAAUGGAACAUCUUUUGUUUCCAAUAAAUUUAAAUUAUUUUUAAAAUUUAACGGAAUUGAACACAUUACAAGUCCAGUAGGGCAUCCGGCUACAAAUGGGCAGGCUGAAAAUUCAGUAAAAACUAUUAAAAAUGCUCCUAAGCGAAGUUUAGAUAAUAUACCAAUAUCUGAAUUCAAUAGUGUCGCUGGCUGCGACUUGAGCCUUAUGUUGAGGACAGCGAGUUUAACAAACACCCAAAAAGAACCACAAAUUUGUUUAAAAUUAUGA